UGCCACAUGACUGUCAUGGCUGCUCACUGAUUCUAUUUGUAGCACAUGGGCUGAAAAUAAACAUCUCACAUAUACAAAGUGUAGAAGAGAGCGACGAAGAAUAAUAAUUCGAAAAUUAUAGUUCUUGGAUUAAAACGUUACUGUCAGUCACUGAAUAACAAAUUCAAGAACUGAAGAGAAAUGGUGCGGGCCGUGGAGCUAGCUGUGCUGAGAGGAUUUCUCACAGAGAGAGAAACUACGGAAUGGAAACAGAAUGUAUUUACUGUUGCAGAAAGUGGUCCUUUGCUGCAGUCUCUGCUGGAUGGGAGUUUUGAAGGCAUUUUAUUGAAUCCGGUCAUCCUGGACAUCUUUACAGCGGAGAGUGUAGCCGAGGAGAAAAUUGACAGCUAUCUGGAGAAACAGAUUCUAGCAUACCUGAAUGCUUCAACGGAGGAUGACAAAGCUGAGAGGGAGAUGGUGUUGUUUCUGCUUGGCGUGGCCUGUUUGCAGCUGUUUGCUCAGAGUAACUGGACUGGGCCUCCUGUUCAAAUCCAGCCACAGGACUUCCUCCCUGCCACUCUCUUCCAGCAGUUUGCAGAGCCUCAAGCAGCAACAGCUGCCAUCUUGAGCAGUCUGGUCCUUGAUGGUGAGUCAAUCUACAGCCUGGUCUCAAACCCUGUAUUACUGCUCUUAGCCAGAGUGAUCCUUGUGAACUGCAGCUCUAAACUGGAGAGCUUUCAGCUGUUGCCCUGGUGGACCCUGCGAUGUGUCUCCAUUCACCAGCAGCUUCUAGAGGAGCGCUCCCCACAGCUCUUCACCGUGGUCCAGGACUGUGUGGAGGAAGUGAUGAAAACUGAAGCUUUUUUCACCUCUGAAAAGUGUCGACACUUGGCUGUCCAGUUCCACCUAGAAUGUGGUUACACAUUGCUGUUCUGCUAUGAGUAUAAGAAGGCUAAAGAACAUUUUAACCGUGCAAAGGAUCUGUCCAAACUGCAUAUUAGCAUGACAGGUGCCUUGGGGAAACGGACACGGUUUCAGGAAAAUUACUUGGCUCAGCUGAUCCUAGAUGUGCAAAGGGAAGAGGAAGUCCUCUCGGGGAGUGAUCUCACCCCAGAACCUACCCCACUGGAAAAACUACCAAAGGACCACGAUCUGACUGAUGAUACAGUGCUGAACAGGAUUACCUUGGCAGAGCCUGACCAGUUUCAGAAGCCUGAGCUGUGUGCAGAGGAGCAGGCAGUGAUUCUUGGAGUUUGUACGGAUUUCCAGAAGAACAGUCCUGUGCACAAGCUGACUGAAGAAGAACUCCUAGCCUUCACAUCAUGCUUGCUCUCCCAGCCAAAGUUCUGGUCCGUAGAAGUGACGACCCUGAUGCUCAGGACAAAGCUGGAGAAAGGAAGCUCACGCCGAGUGGAGAGAGCCAUGACGCAAACACAGACUCUUGUAGAUCACUUUGAAGAUAAGGACACUCCUGUCUUAGAUCGCCUCAAGAUCUUCUACUGCUGUCCAGUUCCUCCACACUGGGCCGUUCAGCGCCAGCUUGCCAGCUUGUUGAUUGAUCUGGGCUGCACCAGCUCGGCUCUGCAGGUCUUUGAGAGCCUGGAGAUGUGGGAGGACGUUGUCAUCUGCUAUGAAAGGACCGGCCAGCACGGGAAGGCAGAGGGUAUCUUGCGGCGGGAGCUGGAGAAAAAGGAGACCCCCACGCUGUACUGUCUGCUGGGGGAUGUGCUCCGGGAACACCAGUACUAUGACAAGGCCUGGGAGCUGUCAAGACACCGCAGCGCCCGCUCCCAGCGUUCCAAGGGGCUCCUGCACCUCCGCAACAAAGAGUUCCAGCAGUGCAUUGACUGCUUUGAGCGAUCUGUGAAGGUCAACACCAUGCAGCUUGGAGUCUGGUUUUCUUUAGGCUGUGCCUAUAUGGCUUUGGAAAGCUAUGAAGGAGCUGCAAAGGCAUUCCAGAGAUGUGUUGGACUGGAACCGGAUAAUGCCGAGGCCUGGAAUAAUCUCUCUACAGCAUACAUCAGGCUUAAACAAAAAACCAAGGCUUUCAGAACACUUCAGGAGGCCAUUAAAUGCAACUAUGAACACUGGCAAAUCUGGGAGAACUACAUUGUGACGUGCACAGAUGUUGGGGAGUUUGCUGAAGCCAUUAAAGCUUACCACCGAAUCAUGGACAUGAAAGACAAGUACAAAGAUGUUGAGAUAUUGAAGAUCCUAGUGCGGGCUGUGGUGGAGGGGCUUGAGAAUUCCAGAGGGGGACAGGCGUCGGCCCUGAAGGGGAAACUCCAGGAGCUGUUUGGCCGAGUGACCUCCAAAGCAACCAGCGAUGGGGAGAUCUGGAGGCAGUACGCAAAACUUUAUGGAGAUGGAAAGAGUGAAAAAAUGGAAGAUAAUGAAAAAGCGCUGCAGUUCUUAGCUAAAGCUCACCGCUGUGAAACGCAGGCUACUGGAUGGGAAAAAAAUAUUGACUCCUUCAAAGAAGUAAUGAAGGGAGGGAUAGAACUAGCACAUGUGUCAAUUAGCUGCAGCAAAAGCAAAUCCAACCCCCAGGAAGCAGUGCAGAUGCUUUCGUCUGCUCGUCUCAACCUGCGCAGUUUAUCAUCGAAAGCAAAGCAAAUGUACACAGAUGUAGCCACUGGGGAGAUUCACAGUGACCUAGCCGAUGAUGUCAGGACCCUGGAAAACUUGAUAGUAGAUCUUCAAGAGAUGACUUCCCAGUUGAGGAAUCAGUGAUGAAGGGAACUAACUCAUGUGCUACCACAGAAAGUCAUGUGCCUGAGGAUUACAUUAUCUGACCAAAACUAUGUCAUUUUUAUAUAGUUUUAUGUUGCCAGCCCCCUAUAAAUGAAAUGCCUUUUUUUUAAUCACUGUACUUAAGCUUUUGUUGUAUUAUUAUAAGAUUCAAAUAAAACUAACCAUUGGUUUCACAA